AGUAGUAGUAGUAGUAGUAGUAGUAGUAGUAGUAGUAGUAGUAGUAGUAGUAGUAGUAGUAGUAGUAGUAGUAGUAGUAGUAGUAGUAGUAGUAGUAGUAGUAGUAGUAGUAGUAGUAGUAGUAGUAGUAGUAGUAGUAGUAGUAGUAGUAGUAGUAGUAGUAGUAGUAGUAGUAGUAGUAGUAGUAGUAGUAGUAGUAGUAGUAGUAGUAGUAGUAGUAGUAGUAGUAGUAGUAGUAGUAGUAGUAGUAGUAGUAGUAGUAGUAGUAGUAGUAGUAGUAGUAGUAGUAGUAGUAGUAGUAGUAGUAGUAGUAGUAGUAGUAGUAGUAGUAGUAGUAGUAGUAGUAGUAGUAGUAGUAGUAGUAGUAGUAGUAGUAGUAGUAGUAGUAGUAGUAGUAGUAGUAGUAGUAGUAGUAGUAGUAGUAGUAGUAGUAGUAGUAGUAGUAGUAGUAGUAGUAGUAGUAGUAGUAGUAGUAGUAGUAGUAGUAGUAGUAGUAGUAGUAGUAGUAGUAGUAGUAGUAGUAGUAGUAGUAGUAGUAGUAGUAGUAGUAGUAGUAGUAGUAGUAGUAGUAGUAGUAGUAGUAGUAGUAGUAGUAGUAGUAGUAGUAGUAGUAGUAGUAGUAGUAGUAGUAGUAGUAGUAGUAGUAGUAGUAGUAGUAGUAGUAGUAGUAGUAGUAGUAGUAGUAGUAGUAGUAGUAGUAGUAGUAGUAGUAGUAGUAGUAGUAGUAGUAGUAGUAGUAGUAGUAGUAGUAGUAGUAGUAGUAGUAGUAGUAGUAGUAGUAGUAGUAGUAGUAGUAGUAGUAGUAGUAGUAGUAGUAGUAGUAGUAGUAGUAGUAGUAGUAGUAGUAGUAGUAGUAGUAGUAGUAGUAGUAGUAGUAGUAGUAGUAGUAGUAGUAGUAGUAGCAGUAGCAGUAGCAGUAGCAGUAGCAGUAGCAGUAGUAGUAGUAGUAGUAGUAGUAGUAGUAGUAGUAGUAGUAGUAGUAGUAGUAGUAGUAGUAGUAGUAGUAGUAGUAGUUACCCUCACGGCGCAGAUGCAUCAGCACCCGGGCCACGGACCACCGCCGCAGCUAUCUGCCCCACCGCCGCCUCCUUCCACCUCCCCAACCUCUCCGUCCCCUGA